AGUCAAUCAAGGUGACGCCGGACUGAUGACCUUGGACCGGUUUAAAACUAUAAGCUCCUUUGAAUUCAAGUUGAGUUUUUUUAAGCACCUCAAGCUUUUCAUCUCUCUCGAAACUGAAAUAACGGGUUAACAGUUUUGCACUUCUGGAUACAAAUGAGCCUACCGUAAAUUUGUCUGUGGUUUUUAAUUUUCAGGACUAUUUCUCUAGUAAUGAAGUACAUCAAAUCUUCAAAUAAUCGUUUCCUUAAUGCAGGUGGGAAAUACAAAAAGCUUUCAACCCUCGAAUCAUCAAGUAUAUCUGUCUAUCCUGUAGCUGAUCUAAUGAGAGCACGUGCUGAGUUUAUUCACCAAUGGAAUGUAUCGAUGUCCAACCAUUCUGUAGCCAAGUCAAUCAAAAGUUAUCAUUACAAAUAUCCACCAAAUAUAACUAUGAGAAAUUAUCUAGAAUAUCCAUUUCAUGAUAAUGCACCGGAAGUAUUUCCGUUUCUUCGGACUACAAAAAAUAUAAACACAACCCAAGUGGUAAAGUCUAAAGUUGUAGAACAGUCACUUGAACGUCAUAAAGUUGAAAUUAAAGUCGAUAAUAUAUCUGAUAAAGAAUUUAGGCGUGUUUGUAUGCUGCUCACUGAUAAGGCUUGUUUAUUUGAAGAUUCUAUACAAUUAGCUAAUCAAUAUCAGUGCAUAUCAGCAUGCUAUUUUAUUUGUGAUUAUUGUGACUACAUUGGUAAAACAGAGAAUGAUGCCCAGAUACAUUUGGAACAAACAAAUCAUUUGACAUGCAGUAAAUAUUCACCUUGCUAUUAUACAAAUGAUUGCAAUGACAUGUCAAGUGAGCUGCAAAAGCCACGUGUUAUCUCUAAUAAUUCAGACAGAAUCUAUGGUUGGCAUGUUGGUGAUACAGUAGUGUGCUGUCCUACUUGUAAUUUACCAUUCUUGGAUAAGAUUAUGUGUGCAUAUCACCAUUGCUUACAACACACUGGAAGCCAGUCUCUCUUUACUUACGGGAAGGUGUUGAUUGUAAGAGUUUUAAAAAUUCAAGAACCACUGAUAUGUCCUGGUUGCCAACAAUAUUUUCAUGCAUUAGAUAAAAUUAUGAAUCAUUGGAUUACUUCACCUCGUUGUAAUUCACCGUUUAUGCCAAUUUCAAAAAAUAAUGAUUGCAUAGAUGCUCUUUGUGUUCUCUCUGUAUCAUGUAGCAUCUGUCAACGUAGUUUUACAGCAGUUCCAUCGUUGGAAAUAGAAGCUUAUCAUCCUGGUCAGAAGAGGAAACAUCCGUCAAACAGAGAAAAUACCUACAGGUCACCAGCUUCUUGGGCAAAAAAUUUUGGUCAUUUUUGUAUUCGUCAUGCCUUUGAACAUAUAAAUCAGGGUAGAUUUCCUUUGUGUAGCUUGAAAAUACGGAUUAUAAGUGUACCGAAAUCUGUUAACUGUCUUCCUCCCAUCACUAGUACAAAUAAUUCAAGCAGAUUGCAUUUUAACCUCAGCGAAUGUAAACGUCUUAUUUCAUAUCUUGAAAAUCAUGAAUGGAAUUCCUAUUUACUUAAACAGGCUCAGAAAAGCUUUAGAGAUUUUUUUUUCGACGCUGUUUCCUAUGUCUCAUAAAUAAGUUUUUUUCAUACCUCCUCCAAGUAACUUCUUAUUUCAAAAUGAGCAUUUAUAUUGUUCUUAUCCGUUUCUUGUGUAAUAAUAAUAAUCUGUAGCUAAUUUAACUUUUUCUCUUUAAGUUUGUCUUUAUGGAUAGAAACUGUACUGGAUACGAGCAGAUUUAUGUACCAAUAUAUGUUGUGUUUAUCUGCUUUGAAGGAAACGUUUAUUGUGGUCGUUUGUUUCUGAUGACUCUAUCACUAAUCUUCGUAUUAUCUUGUAGCCUCCAACCCUGUUUCACACAUUUUAUGACUAUUUUCUAAGAGACAGUGUUGUAGACUUCUUAUUCACAGGCUCUAAAUUGCUGCUGUGGCUCUUUUACCUAAUGGUUUGUUUCUUGACUUUUCGUGCCAAAUCCACUAAUUAAUUUAUUUAUAAUAUAAAACGCUGUGUAUUACAAUAUCAUCUUACAGUGGUAAAAUAAUUGAAUCUCACGAAAUUAUCCUAUAACUAAGGAUGCAUAGAAGGCUUUAUCCAUUUGAUUAAAUAAUUAGGUUUUAAAAACUACGUUCGGAGAUUUGAUUUUCGUUUUUGUGAUAUUUGGAUAUCUAACUUUCUUGCCUUCGAAUAUCAUAGUUGCGGUAAUAUAAGUGGCUAGUGUAACACAACCCUACUCUCUGUUCACAUCCUAGUUUUUUUCGUUCGGAAUUAUAUCCCUAACACUUGAGUUUUACAUUGAGUCUGUUAAAUAAUAGUAGGACAUCAAACAUCUAAUCUACUUUUUAUUGAUCCAAGUACUUUAAAUUGCAGAGUGGUGAUAAGACGACUGUCAAAAUUCGUUAGAUUUGUUAAGUACUCAGUUAAAUUGUCAGUGUCUACUGAAACAUAUGGUUUAGAUAAUUUCAUUGGAAUCAUAAACCGAUUAAUGUUACGUCAUUAUUGAAAACCUGGAAGCACUAAACGACCGUUUCACCCCAGUAUGGGGCUCCUCAACAGCGCUCAUUUGCGAUCCCCCACUCUGCAUUCGAGCCUAAGACCUUCGUCCUCGCGAACGCUUUACCUUUAGAUCAUGGAGUCGGCAUCCAACGGCGUUAUUGUCUAUCUCAGACCAAUCGAAGAUGUUGCACGAUCAUCUGCCAUUGUUGGUUUCAAUGAAAUCCAAUAAUCUCCGCAACUCCAAAGUGAAGAUUUCGUCAAUAUUUGAUAACUUUAUAAUCUAGUAAUUUUCCAUAAAUUUCAAGGCGCUCUCGAUUAUAUGUAUGUAUAACUGCCGUGUCGAGCAUUUAAAUUACUGAACUCAUCGGUUAUGAGAACAAGAUACUAUCCAACAUUUGUUUUUGUUAAGGGAAGUUUUUUGUACAAGACGACAAUGUUCCCGAUAUUUUUGGAACAGGUUGACGCUGUUGUAUACAACUUUAGUGUGGUGUUUGAAUGAACCAAUGAUACCUUUGUAC